AUGUCUAAUGAAAAUCUUCGCUCCGCUCCGGCGUGUACGAUCACGCCGAAAAAAGAUCCAGUUAAUACUAUGAAAGCUGUCGAAUGGUACGGAGCCAAAGACGUUCGUGUUGUCGAUCGUCCUCGGCCACUCAUCACCGAUCCAGCGGACAUUAUUCUCAAAGUUACUUCAACUGCAAUAUGUGGAUCGGAUUUGCAUAUAUAUCUUGGUUACGUUCCUGGCAUGGAGAAAGGCGAUGUUCUUGGUCAUGAAUUUAUGGGUAUCGUUGAAGAUGUUGGACCCGCAGUGAAACACCUUCGAAAGGGUCAA